AUGGAGAUGAUAUUCAUUGAUGAACAGGGUGAUACAGUGCAAGCUUCCAUUAAGUAUACACUGUUAUACAGAUUUCAGUCUAAGAUCAAAGUGAACAGAUGUUAUGUAAUAUCAAACCUAUCUGCUUUUUUUAGUGUCAAGACCUACAAGCAUGCCUUGAAUGACUAUAGAGUCACUUUUGAAUAUACAUCUACUGUGAGAGAAGUUGGCGUUCCGUCCAUUCCAAUGUAUUCAUUUAAGUUCACAUUUUACGCAGAUAUACAACAAGCGUCAAACAACAAUGAGUAUACGAUAGAUGUUAUUGGUUCGCUUUUGUCGAUAGGUUCAUUGAAUCAACUAUCGGGUGGAACAAAACAAAACAUUCCAUUUGAACUUGAAGAUAUUGAUGGUUCGAAGGUCAACUGUUUGUUAUGGGGAAAGUUUGCUGAAUACAUACUUCAACGAAUUCAAGAUAUUGGUGUAGGGCCGUAUAUUGUUGUAAUACAAUUUGCAACGACUGAGAUAAAGAAUGGUGAAGUUCAGGUAUCUAACCAUUGGCAUUCAUCACGCGUGCUUAUAAAUGAGGAUAUACCUGCAAUUAAUGAGUUCAAAUCGAGUCUCAUUCGGAGUAAACCAAAUAGUGGUCAAGUGAUAAGUCAAAAAUCGUCGCAGUCUUCUUACUCAAUGGAAGAUGAUUUCAUACGUAAGACUGUCAGAAAAAAAUUGGACGAACUGAGUGACACAAAUGAGGUAAUAACGAUCCUGGCAAAUAUGUUGUAUUGGCCACUAUUAAGGGUCUUGAGAAAACAUCAAAGUGGUGGUACAAUGGUGGCAUUAAGUGUAAUAGAUUUGCUAGAUAGGAUUCAAAUGUGGUAUUGUCACGUUUGCAAAGCUCAUUGGCCUACUGCUAAGCCAACUUAUAAAGUUGAAGUCAUUUUCAUGGACGAUACAAAUUCAGCUUCGAUGAUUGGAGAAGAACCUGUGGAAUAUCCUAUGGAACUUGAGGGGUUAAUUGAUCGAAGAAUGUUAUUCAAAAUUGCUAUCAAGGGUGAUAAUGUUGCCAAUGAAGAUCAUAAAACCUACAAUAUUCAAAAAGUUUGCACAGAUGAUGCUAUCAUUGCUUCAUUCUUGAAGCAUUACGAAAUGGAUGCGAAACAUGAUAAUGGUUCAUCGUCGCUGAGUUUCAAUUAUGACAACGAUGGGUGUGUCUUCUCAUCAAAGGUUGACAAUUUGUUUUUGAUUAAUUGUUCAUAUGUUGCACGAACGUGUUCUAAUUUUAUCGAUGGCGUUGUGGAUGGUGAUAUCACAACUAAUGCUAUUGUGGAUGAUGAUGUCAACGCUAUUACUCCAAUGAAGCGAUCCAACGAUAGUAUUUUGGAUAGUAUUCUCAAUGAUCCUACCGUCCAGCAAUCAUCCACCAAAUUAUUGAAAAAUAUCAAACAAGAGAAAAUGGAGUAA